AUGGCGGCGGGCCAGCAGCUCCGUCGCCCGCCUUUCGUGGAUACCGUCACCGAAAUCAUGAGGCGACGGAGCUUCUUGCAGUACUCGCACCGCAGCCUACUCCUCGACGGCGGCGGCGGCGUUCUGUUCGCGAUCUGUGCGGUGCUGGAGGAGGAGUUCACGCUCUCGUCAGCGGCCGCCGGAGGAUGGGUUUGGCCGUGGGUGGGUGGGUGGGGGUCGAACUCGAACUCGAACCCGAAGAGCUUGAGCUUGUUGGUGUCGCCGCCGGAGGAGGAAGAUUCGGCGGAGGUGUUACUCGACGAGAUGUUCGAGAUGCUCGGUGGGUUGAUCCAGCGAGCUUCUUUGCUUGUCUCUGGCGAUUCCCAGGUGGAGAAAUCGGCCGGAUUCGACGACCCAGGUGAAGUGAAUUCCAACGAGAAACUAAGCCUGCUGAAGGUGGCAGCAAUGAUAGAGAACUCUGCAAAAUCAGGAGCUGAAACAAUCGAUCUUGGCAGCGGUGGCGAGGACUGACCGGCGGCAGCUGCUGGUUUUGAUGGAGAAGAAGAGGGGUUGCUGGAGGAGAAAGAAGAGGGUUCGAAGAGAUUAGGUCAAUAGGGAUAGGGCGAAUUUUUUAUUUUUUUUUAUUUUAUUUUUGUAAAUGACGUGUCGUGUGAGUGCUGAGUUGGAAAUGAAAUGGAGGGUGAGUUGGCAGCCAAGUCAGCGUUCCGUUAAUUUAACUAACGGUGUCACUGACGCCGUUAAAUUAUGUAACGGAAAUG